CACAGCAAGGGUCGGUGCAUGAGGCACGGCUUGCUCCAUGAGGGGCGUACGUACGUGCGACUCCUGGCUUGCGUUCUGCAAGUCUUCGCUUAGAUAUCAUUAGGUCAAGCUCGCUGACACUCUGUCAAACCACCCUUCGCUGAGCUUGAAAUUUAAGCCGCCGUGCAUAUUAUUAGCCAUGAGCGCGCCCAGCCAACAAAGGCGACAUCGGGUAGCUAUAUUCGCCACUCGCUAUUUCGGAUCGCGGACUGGUGAGAACCCCUCGUAACCUGGCGAGCUGCAUUCUUUGAGCGUGAGCGCGCCAGAUCGUGGAUGCACACGUCGCAACUUGCCGGAAUUUACUCAGAUCCGAGCCCAAGAUCUCUUGCAUGUCGGUAAUAAGUAACGCGAUACGUCAGCGAGUGGAGAGAGAGCCUCGCUUCCUGCCUGUCCUCCGAGCCAGGGAAAAUUCAUUAUGGUAUUUACGUGACGCUGGAUCUCUGCGGCGACUCGGCGUAAACUUGGGAUAAUUAUGGGGAGUGGAGGUAAGCCGAGCCUGCGCCAACCGGGAAAAUCCAGCGCCCGAUGUUCCCAAUACCGAAGAUCUGGGUAGGAAUAAUGCAAGGCACGGGGAGAAGACACACCCAGCUCACAGGCGAUGAUUUAUUGCACCGCUUGCCACCGACUCCACUCUAUCGCUUUGUCAGGGCAUUUACGCCGUGUCCAGCGAAAUGCCACUCAGGCGGCAGCUCGCUUCGGCGUCAGGAUCGUCUGCGUGCACUAGCCGUCCGUGGGGGGACUCGAGGCAGAGGACUGCGCCGCUGUCCUCACAAAAGACACCGAGAAGAUGCCCUUCUCACGCUGCCCCAUGCAGCAGGCAAGCCGUCGCUUUUUGACUUUGGUUCCCAGGACUAGCCUUACAAACAUCGGCGCAUAGACUGGCUGCGAGGGCGAGCGACUGACCAGCGUGAUGCCUGUCGGGGCAGCGCUGAGAUCUUGGGCGGAAAUGCGCCCGGAAGCAUCGCACAAAGCAGGUUUGGGAGGCACUAUGCGACCAGUAGGUCUGCGGGGUGGGUGGCGAGUCCCCGGCGGAAGCUGAAGGAUCAUGGUGUUGCGCCUGCGGUUGGGACCUGACCCACUUGGAUCCACACGUGCCAGACAUUUUCUGGAAUCAUGGAAUCGCCUUGGCAAAGAGGGGCAGUCCCAUCCGGGACGUAUUUCUGGGUCACCGCGUCCUGAGCGAACCCAGAUUUUGUUGAGCGCAGGAGCAAGGCGACCCGUUGCACUCGAGAUCAGCAUCGCUGAUUUGCCACCAGGGAUGUAAAAUUAUUUGUGGGUUAGGAAUCGCGUCGAGGAGGCGCACAGUGGCAUGGUAGCCAAUGUUUUCCAAGAGUCAAGACCUUCAGAAGAGCAUGGGCGAGAGUCGCAGAAAGCAAAACCGACGUCGUUCCCCACAGCGACGCCAAAGUUCCCUGGUUGCAUGCGCUGCAUGAACGACGUGGCAUAGUUAACCCAGGACUUGGAGGGUUACAUUACCUCACAUUACUUGGCCUGAGAGCGGUGCACAGCUCGUGACGUCAUCAUAACUCCAUAUUGCGGAUCGGCG